AUGUCUCAAGAAAUGAAAGAGCUCACCCAAACCAGAUUACAGAAGAUCUGGAUUCCACACAGCAGCAAUAGCAGCGGACUGCGACAGCGGAGGGGCUCAACCAUACCCCAGUUUACCAAUUCGCCCACAAUGGUGAUCAUGGUGGGUUUACCAGCUCGAGGCAAGACCUACAUCUCCACGAAGCUCACACGCUAUCUCAACUGGAUAGGAACACCAACUAAAGUGUUUAAUUUAGGCCAGUACCGACGAGAGGCAGUGAGCUAUAAGAACUAUGAAUUCUUUCUCCCGGACAACACGGAGGCCCUGCUCAUCAGGAAGCAGUGUGCCCUGGCAGCCCUGAAUGAUGUCCAUAAUUACCUGAGCCAUGAGGAAGGUCGUGUUGCGGUUUUUGAUGCCACCAACACUACCAGAGAACGACGAUCACUGAUUAUGCAGUUUGCUAAAGAACAUGGUUACAAGGUCUUCUUCAUUGAGUCCAUUUGUAAUGACCCCGACAUCAUUGCAGAAAACAUCAAACAAGUGAAGCUUGGCAGCCCUGAUUAUAUAGACUGUGACCAAGAAAAGGUUCUUGAAGAUUUUCUAAAGAGAAUUGAGUGCUAUGAAGUCAACUACCAACCUUUGGAUGAGGAGUUGGACAGCCACCUGUCCUACAUCAAGAUCUUCGACGUGGGCACACGCUACAUCGUAAACCGAGUCCAGGACCAUGUUCAGAGCCGCACAGUCUACUACCUCAUGAACAUCCACGUCACGCCCCGCUCCAUCUACCUAUGCCGGCACGGAGAGAGUGAACUCAACCUCAGAGGACGCAUCGGGGGCGACUCUGGCCUCUCAGCUCGGGGAAAGCAGUAUGCCUAUUCCCUGGCCAACUUCAUUCAGUCUCAAGGCAUCAGUUCCCUGAAGGUAUGGACCAGCCACAUGAAGAGGACCAUCCAGACAGCUGAGGCCCUAAGUGUCCCCUAUGAGCAGUGGAAGGCCCUGAAUGAGAUUGAUGCGGGUGUCUGUGAGGAAAUGACCUAUGAAGAAAUCCAGGAACACUACCCUGAAGAAUUUGCACUACGGGACCAAGAUAAAUAUCGUUAUCGCUAUCCCAAGGGAGAGUCCUAUGAGGAUCUGGUUCAGCGUCUCGAGCCAGUUAUAAUGGAGCUAGAACGACAAGAAAAUGUACUGGUCAUCUGUCACCAGGCUGUCAUGCGGUGCCUCCUUGCCUAUUUCCUGGAUAAAAGUUCAGAUGAGCUACCCUACCUCAAGUGCCCUCUGCACACAGUGCUCAAACUCACACCUGUGGCUUAUGGCUGCAAAGUAGAGCCCAUCUACCUGAAUGUGGAGGCUGUGAAUACACACCGGGAGAAGCCUGAGAAUGUUGACAUCACCCGUGAACCUAAAGAAGCCCUGGAUACUGUACCUGCCCAUUACUGAGCCCUUUCCAAGUGGUCACACUGUCUCCAUCCUCAUUGUCUUCCACCUGUAGGAACUACUGCUCUUGUUCUUCUCCCAUGAGAAGACUCUGGACUUAGUGUCACUGGGAGAGCCCUACCUCCAGUGAAGAAGUCUGUAUGUUCCCACAUAGGUCUC